ACACACACACACACACACACACACACACCUGACUUCAGUAGUGAAUGUGAUCCAUACCCGGCGGCGACUAUCGCACGUACGCACCACUUCUCUCCUCAAGGACAUAGUCUCUGAAGCUGAAGAUGCUGGCAUCGCAGGCGGCGGUGCGUGGACUGCAGCGGAGCCUCUGGAGGGCGCUGUCCACUGCCCGCUGUGUGCAAGCCGCCCAUGGGAAAGAUGUUAGUGCAGAUGUCCUGGACUGUUCCCAGCCGCAGUACUGCAACCGCCCGGACACACCCCUGCCGGACAUACCCUUUGUGAGGAACCUUACUGCAGAUCAGAUGAAGCUGAAGGAAAAGGAGAAAGGACCCUGGACCAAGCUCACCAUGGAGGAGAAGCUGGCAUUGUACCGGCUCUCCCAUGAGCUCACCUACGCCGAGAUGAGGAAGGGCACCAAUGAGUGGAAGACCGUGGUUGGUGUAAUCCUCUAUUUCAUGGGGUUCACCGGCCUGGUGGUGUGGUGGCAGCGUGUAUACGUCUACGGAGAUGUGCCCCAAACUUUCUCCGAGGACUGGGUGGAGAAGCAGACCAAACGGAUGCUUGACAUGAGGACCAACCCCAUCCAAGGCAUCUCCACACACUGGGACUACGACAAGAAGCAGUGGAAGUAGGCGAGAGAUGGAGGGAAGGUGUGGGGUUGUGAUCACUGUCAUGGGGGCCCAGCAUGACCCCCGAAAAAAGCCUGUCACUCAUGAAUGUGCUGCAGCCUUAACAUGUACUCUUACUGAAACAGAAUAAAGGCCCAAAAAGCCAGCAUAACACGUACGAUGCAGGUAUGUUAUAGGGUAAAUGAAAUCUCAGGUAU